AUGAGCCAACCAGGAUCAUCAACAGGGCUCCUGCAGGCCGUUCUCCCAGGGUCGUCCCACUCAGCCGAUGCGCCCUCCGUAGAUGCGCUCGUCGCCCAGAUUGUCGGGAACGACAACCCCGACACGCUCGCCCGAAUACUCAAAGACACCGCGCCGAAGGAGUCGCGCGACAAUGCGCUCGUGGGCAUGCUCGCGAACGGGCAGGACCCCUUGCUCGUUCUAAACCCUGAGCAGCAUACACUUGGCUAUCUCUACAUACUAUCUGCGCGAUUGAACAGCGCGGGGGCACCGAGGCCGAGUCGGGAGGUGAUCGAGGAGUUCUGCAGGAGGUUCAACCCGGAGCAGGCGCGGCUUGCUCCCCAGAGAGUGACUGCACUCGCAAAGUCUAUUUUGCGCGCAGCCCAUGAUGCAGGACACGACAAACUCGCGCUGGGUCCAUUGUACGACCUUCUCACGCGAUACCCGCCAUCACUAGCGUGUCUCACCACUCUGCAUCCUCUAUUCGUCACAUAUUGCGUCGCCACGAAGCACUACACCCUCGCGCUCCCUGUUCUCGGUGUGCCGAUAACGACUAUUGACCUGAAGCUCUCCGACUUGACAUACACGGACAACUUGCAGUACCACUAUGCGGGUGGUGUGGCGCUGGGAGCGUUGAAGCAGUGGAAAAAGGCGGAAGAGUUCUUUGAGAUAUGUGCGAGCUCCCCGGCGCAAAUGCCUGCCGCGAUCCAGCUGGAAGCAAGCAAGAAGCUCGUCCUGGUCCAGUUGAUCCUAUAUGGGAAGACCGUCCCCCCGCCUAAAUACACGAAUGUCACGCUACAGCGACUGCUCAAGAGCUCUCCGUAUGGGGCGUUCGCGAAGAAUUAUCCUCAAGGCAAGAAUCGGCUGCUAGCGAGCAUCCACAAGGACAGGGAUCUCUUCACGAACGAGAAGCACCUCGGUCUGGUUCUUCAAGCGAUAGACCGCGCGCCGCGCUGGCUGAUCCAGAAGCUCACCUCGACGUACCUCACGCUCGGCCUCGCGGACAUCGCGAAGGAGGUCGGCAUCGACAGCGAGGAGGAAGUGCGCUCGAUCAUCCUCAGCAUGAUUGAGUCGGACGAAAUCAAUGCAACGAUUUCGGAGGACGGCACGGUGACAUUCUCGGACCCUGUCCCGCAAAUCUCGAAGGAGGAUGUGGACAGGAUGCUCCGCCUGGCGCAGGAGCAGACGAGGCUGCUCUAUGAGCUCGAGCGGACCAUGAACGCAAACAAGGACUACUUGACGAAGGUCCGCCGUUCCACUUUCUGA